AUGGAUCAUCGCACAUCGAGAGCCAGGGCAAGCAAACCCAAGGUCCGAACGGGGUGUAUCACCUGCAAGAUACGGCGAGUGAAAUGUGAUGAAGCAAAGCCGUCAUGUCACAGAUGUGUAAGCACUGGGCGGAAAUGCGAUGGUUAUACUCAGCCCAGCUCUAGUGGUUUGAGUGCGCCUCAUGAGCUGCGACAGUCCACAGCGAUAAUCUCCACGAAAGAGUCCAGAGCAUUAGACUUCUUUUUUAAUACGACCUCCUAUCAGCUAGCCGGCUUUCUUGAAGGGGAUUUUUGGAGGCGAAGUGUCUUGCAACUUAGUCUCUCGGAGCCGUCAAUUCGUCAGGCGCUGGCUGCGCUAGGCUCGCUGCAUGAAUGUGAAGCCCAAUCUCUAGACACCAGGGUGGACAGUCCAGAUGCCGACCAACUGUAUGCCCGAGCAAUUCGCUCAACUGUUGACAAGGCUGGUACGGGCGAGUCUUCCGUGCCGAUCGUUGUGAUGGCCAGCAUCCUGUUUACGAGUUUUGAAUUCCUACGGCGUAACGCUGCUGCUGCCGCCACACAUAUUGCCAACGGGAUAAGUAUCCUCAGAUCAUGGCGCCAGAGCUCCCAAACUACGCAAGAUCGGUUUUGCAGCAGAAAUUACCCAUCCUAUGAAGCGCAAUUUCUACAUAGCGAGCUUGCACCGAUUCUUACUCUCUUCAGUUUGAACGCUUCGGAAUUCAGCCCUUUCCCGAAGAACAGGCUUAUUCUUCACGAAUCCAAAACUGGAGCACCGCAUAUGCCAGCGAGGUUUGAAAUGCUGCGCGAAGCUAGAGUCGCGCUCGUCGACCUGGUUACUGCCAGUGCGGCCUUUUUCCAAAGCCUAGAUGUGCAGGUCGGUGCCAAACAGACACCUAAUCUCGGCCUUCUGGCUCCAUCUGAAGAUCUUCGUGUUGGCUUUGACCUCUGGAAAACCAAUUUCCAGGAACUGUUGCAACGGCACGAAUCGAAAUGGGGUGUUGAGGAGAAAGCUGCAGCAAAUGUUAUUCGAAUCAUGCAGUAUGGCUCCGAGGUCGGACUCGCUGCGUACGUUGUGUCAAAUGAAUGCGAAUGGGAUAGUCGUCGGGAAGAAUAUGAAGAGGUCCUGCGGGUUUCGGAGGCACUCGUAGCGGAUUCUUCCUACGAGCCGGAUGGCCUUCCAAAAGGAUUCAAUUUAGAAGUUGGAUUGACCUACCCAAUGCACGCUGUCGCGUGGAAGUGCCGGUACCCAAGCAUUCGCAGAAGGGCACUGGACCUGCUUCUACGGUCGCCGAGGCGGGAGUGGCUACUCGACUCACGCCAGUAUCAUGCUAUUUUCUCGCGCAUCAUGGCUAUUGAAGAGGAGUGUCUGGAGUUGCCGCCUCAUGCGGUCCCAGAUGAUAGGGUCCUCCCACCUGAACACGUUCGCGUUCACGACUUCUUCUGUGUUCCACAACCUGAGAUUGCUGGCGAUCCUUCAGGCUAUGGCGUUACUUUUAUGACGAAACCAGAAGGUAUUGAUGGGCCAUGGCAUUUCACCACUGAGUACAUGAGUCUGCCCACGGUCGGUGUCGGUGACAUGGCGCCAUCCAAUCUAAUUUCAUGUCGCCGCUGGGCUAGUCCGGACACUACAGAUCCUGACACAGCAAAUAUGCUGAAAAGCACGGUAUUCGGGCAGUACCAUACAGCGACUGGUUGA